AUGUCCGAGUUGAAACAGCCUGUUGAAGGCAGCAGCGGCGGCGGCGGCAGCAGCAGCAGUAGUGGCGGCGGCGGCAGCUGCAGCAGCAGCACCACCAACAAUGCCGAUGAUACCAUCAUUGAGGAGGACUCCGACUCCUCCUGUCAUAAUUGUAAUCUGCAAGGGAUGUUUGAGGAAAUUCAGAAUGAUCUCAUCUACAUCAAAAAGGCCUGCGGGAAAUUUGGGCAAUGGGAAGAUCAAGUCAACGAUUCUAUGAAAGGUUUCGCUUUCCAAGCCUUGGAUAAUGCCUUUAAACAAAGAACAGGGUCACAAGAACUUACAAAAGAAACCAGUUAUCUUCAGGACAAGCUCAAAAAUACUCACCGCAUUGUCUCUAUGUUAAAGGAGUCCCUGCAUUCUUCUCCUCAACUCUCUUCAGUCAAUUUGAAUUCCCAGAGCUUACAACUUGCAAAAGAUUCCAUGAUCCGCAGGGAAUUCAACCGUUAUCAUUGCUCAGUUUACUUACCAGCCGAAUUGGAAGUUGAGAGCAACGAUAAAAUAAUGGCAGAGAUUUCAACAUUCCUAGAAAUUGCGGCGGUGUACAAUGAUCUAGAUGUCACAACUAAGCUCUGUUUGCUCUGUUUCUCAGUGUUCCCUGAAAAUGCUGUCAUAAAGAAGAAGGUUUUAGUGCAUUGGUGGGUUGGUGAGGGGUUUAUAGACACUUUAGGUACAUCAGGCAAGACUGCUGAGGAUACUGCAAAUCAAUUCUUCAACGACUUCAUAGAAAAAGGCCUCAUCAAGCCGGUGUACAAAAAGGGCAGACCAAGUGCUGAUAGCUGCAAUAUGGACCCUUAUAUUCGUGAUGCUGUGAUCAUACUUGCAAAGAGAGCGGGAUUCUUCAAUUUUGAUAGCAAUGGAAAUCCCACCGAAGAUUUUACUCGUUCUAGGAGGGCAUGCCUCGUAAAAACUGAAGAGGGGUCUUCUAUACACGAAUUGCCAUACCGAUUAGAACAGGAGAAGGUUCAAAGCAUAAUCAAUGUGAAUGAGCCUAAUCUUGACUUUAGAUCUGAAUGGUUCUCCAAGAUGAAAUACGUCAAGGUGUUGCAGCUUGGGAGAUGGCAGAGCUCAGCCAAGCAUCUGAUUCAAGUAGAGGACAGUGAGUUCUUAAAAGGGUUGAAGAAUAUGAGACAUAUUCGGUACUUAAGCCUUCGAGGAGUCUCUAGAAUUACAGAGCUUCCUGCUUCAAUUUGCAAACUCAGCAAUCUGAGGAUCCUGAACCUCAAUGGUUGUGCUGAUUUGGAGCAGCUCCCUCAAGGGAUAGGCUCACUCAAGAACUUGACACACUUGGAUAUGUAUGAGUGUUACUUGAUCAGCCACAUGCCUACAGGACUUGCUUUGCUCUACCAACUCCAAGUGCUUAAGGGGUUUGUGAUUGGUGAGCCAAGGCCUGGAGGCAACUACUGUAAGCUAGCUGAUUUGUCAGGUUUGGAACAUCUGAGGAAGUUGAGUAUCCAUGUGGACAUAAACAAAACGUCUGAUGCUGCAAAAAGAGAGCUCAUUUCCUUGGCAAAUUUCAAAAAGCUCCGAUCUUUAUCUAUAUCAUGGUCAAGACUUUAUGACACUCCCAAAAAGCCUUUAACUCUCAAGAGGAUUGCAACCAAGAAGUUUAUGAGCCGGGUAAAAUCAACAAAACCACCACCACCACCACCAUCUCCAUUGAUGGAUCCAGUUUCUGUUCCUUUGGAGAAACUUAACCUCAAUUACUUCCCUGGUUCUAAGAUGCCUGAUUGGCUGAUGCAGUGGGAUUUGAAUAAACUAAAGAAGCUCUAUAUCCGGGGUGGAAGCCUCUCAAAUCUGUGUCACGGAAAACAAUGCAAAUGGGGUGCCACAAAUGUACGCUUUAAGUUCUUGGAAAAGUUGCAGAUGGAUUGGUCAAAACUGCAAGACUUGUUUCCAGACCUCACGUACUUGGAGAUAUUCGAGUGUCCUGAACUCAGUUCCAUCCCAUGUGAUGAGAAUGGUGUGUGGAAAAAGGCAGACUGA